UUGAGUCAGUAGUGCGUUUUGAAUUUUUGGUUUUGGCCUUUUUGCACAUUUGGUUUUCAUUUAUGGAAAAAAGUGGCGCCGAAGAAAUUGCGAAAGUUACGAUUAAAAAGGAAGUGCUUAACGAUGAUAUAAAGGAAUUUGCUGAAACAGCCAUGAAUGAGCUCCUAGGCUGGUACGGAUAUGCCAAUAACAAUCACAGGGAUGCACGUGCUUGCAAGUCGCAUUCCGGAAGCAACAGCUCCGGACCCCCGUCUCCCAAAUUCAACGAGGGUUGCGGAUGGUGCGGCAAAGCCGUCGACGAAAACACAGGCCUGUCUUCAGCAGCUGCAACAUUCUGUUCCGAGCUGUGCUUCUCCCAGUCACGGAGGGCCAAUUUCAAGAAAAACAAGACAUGCGAUUGGUGCAGACACGUCAGACAUACGGUUUCGUACGUCGAUUCCCAGGACGGGUCAUCGCAGUUGCAGUUUUGUUCCGACAAAUGUUUAAAUCAGUACAAGAUGCACAUUUUCUGGCGCGAGACGCGGGCCCACCUUGAAAUGCACCCCCACGUCCACGGGGAGGAGUCCUCCAGUGGGACUCUGAUCACUCCCGAUUUAUGGAUGAGCAAGUGCAAGUCGCCAGAAGUGCAAGUUUCGUCGCCGAGUUCAUCCCCAAAACUGGGGGAAAACUCGCAACAAACGUCGCCUUUGCCACUGAUCACUGUUGCACAUCCCUCCAAACUGAUGUCAGUGCAGGAAGCGGAGCCCAAAAGACACCGAAAUAAAGUACAAAAGAAAAAAAAGAGAAACGUUAAUUUGCCGAGCUGCACUAGCACGAAUAAGACUUUCUCGAGUGAUAUGCCCCAGGAUUUGCGGAUAAGACAUACCCCCACUGAUUUCGAAGCCAAUAGACUUAAUUCAGAGGAUGCUAAUAAGACACAGCCAGAAGGGGCCUCCAGAUUGAGCCAAACACAGUAUUUUUGUAAUUCCGAAGCUGCAGCCCAUAGAAAAUUGAUGGAUAAUUUAGUGCCACCACCUACAAUUUUGGUUCCUUAUCCUCUUAUACUGCCUCUACCGCUUCCAAUUCCCAUUCCCAUUCCUUUACCUUUUCCAAAGGGUCUCUUGAAUAAAGUUAGGGACGAUGGCGGGAAAUCCCAAGAUGCGUCAUGUCAGACGGGAGAAGAGUUAAUUUCUAGUCAAAUUGUGAGUGAGAAGGUUGAAGACAACACGGGAAUAAAUAGUAUUAGGCCUCUUAGGAAAAGAAAACGUAUUGUAGAGAAAAAAUCCAAGUUUCUACUCAAGAACAAGAAAAUACUGUCCACUUGAAUAUUCGUACGCUUAUUGGAAUCAUUUUCGUAUCUCUUCUUUUGCUAAUUUGCUAUUGUACAUACAUAUCGGUAUAAAUAAAAUUAGUAGAAAUGUA